CUAACAAUUAACAUACUGAAUUAAUUGAUUACCUCAAAUAAGAAAAUAAGCAAUUAACAGAAUAACUUAAUGAAUUAAAAGGCUUACUCUAAUUAAAUAAAAAAGCUUUAAGAAUCAUGACACCUUAAAAUAAUGAUGAAUAAAAUAAAGCUGUACUUAUGGUCUUAAAAAACUUAUAAGAAGAAAAUACUAAAUUGCAUAAUCAAAUCGAUAAACUAAUUGAAGAAAGAAAUCAAGCAUAAAAUUAAGUAUUAAUAAAUUAAUAAAUCACUGAAGAAGCUUAACGACAUGAAAAAGAAUUAAUUUUAUCAUUAUAGAAUAAAAUCUAAACUUUAUAAAACAAUCUCAACAAAGCAGAAUAGUAAUUAAGCAAAAUGGAAUAAUUGAAACCUGAAUAUGAUGAAAUUUCAGGCAUUGUUAUUAAAUAUAAAGAAAUUUGUGAACCUGAUAAAAUUGCUAUCAAAUUUCAUAAUCAAAUAGAAAUGCUUACUUCAUAAUUAAUUUAAUAAAUAAAGAAGAAUAAACUUAUGGAAGCUGAAAAAUAAAAGCUUCAAGGAUUUAAUUUGGUAUUUAAUUUAUUUUUAAUAUGUUAUAGAAAUUAAUGAGCAAUUUAGUACAAAUGAAGAAUACAGCAAUGACAUAUCAUUGUAAUAAGCUAAUAAUUUAAUAGCAGUAGGUUUAAUAAGGUCCUGAAUAAUUGAUAAAAUGUAAAAAAUUGAAUUAUUUAAGUUUAAAAUAAUUUGUUGAAUGUUUUGAAUAAGGAAGAGAAUGAGAAUUCAUCUUAGAACGAGAUAAAUUCUUCAGUAGGUAGUUCACCAUUGAUGUCACCUCUUCCAUUGAAACAAGAGAAUCAAGUAGCUAAAUAAAUGAAGGAAAUUCCUAAAUUAGAUUUGACAAAGGCUAAAUAGAUUUAAGAAAUAAAUGCUAAAAGAUAGAUAUAAUAGAUGCAAGAUAUAAAAAAAUAAAUAGAUCCAAAUAUAAUUGAAAAAAUAAAUAAAUAUGAAAGAAUGAUAGAAGAAUUAAGAAAGAACUAUUAAAGAGAGAUGUUAUUAAAUAAGACUCUUGAGACAGCAAAUAAUGAAUUAUAAAGGAAUUGUGAGGAUUUAGAAGUAUAAGAUAUAGUUAAUGACAUAGAGCUAAAUAUAAAUAUUAAUAAAUUCAAAUUUGAGACAUCAAGAGAAAUUGUAGAAAAUUAAUAAGCAAUAUUAUUUUCUACAAUAAUUUUACAUUAAUAACAAAGAUUAAGUGACAACAACUUAGAGUCAUAAUCGAAGAUUUUCUUAGAGUCCAACAGAACUUUCUUAAGAAAUGAUAUUGGAUACAUCUUUCAUUGAUGCAAAUGAAGCUAUAAUAUCAAAUGAGAUCUAAGAAUAGAAAUAGGUUUAAUAGUAAAUGUUAUUACAAUAAUAAUAAUAAUAAUAAUAACAGAUUUAGUAAUUUUAGUAAUAGAAUUUUUAUUCAUAUUAUGCUCCAAAUAAUAAGGAAGAUUCAAAAAAGUUUUUAUUAGGUUUGGCUGAAUUAAUAUAUUGUGGAUUAUAAGAGAAGAUAGAAUAGUUGUAAUAACAGGAUAGUGGUUAGGAAAGAAAGGAAUAGAGAUUCAGAUCUGUCAGUGACAUAAUAACAGGACUUUAAAGAUUUAAUUAUUUGUAUCAAUAAUGA